CGCGGUGCGGACCCAUCCCAGGCACCGCCCUGUCCCAUCCUCCUUUGCGGGUAAACAGACAUGGCUGGCGAGGGAGAUCCGCAGGACGCUGCGCACAAUAUGGGCAACCACCUGCCGCUCCUGCCUGCAGAGCAUGAAGAAGAAGAUGAAAUGGAAAUGGAAAUUGAAGACCAGGAUAGCAAAGAAGCCAAAAAACCAAAUGUCAUAAAUUUUGACACCAGUCUGCCAACAUCACAUACAUAUCUGGGCUCUGACAUGGAAGAAUUCCAUGGCAGGACUUUGCAUGAUGAUGACAGCUGUCAGGUGAUUCCAGUUCUACCACAGGUGAUGAUGAUCCUGAUUCCUGGACAGACAUUACCUCUUCAGCUCUUCAGCCCCCAAGAAGUCAGUAUGGUUCGGAAUUUAAUUCAGAAAGAUAGAACCUUUGCUGUUCUUGCAUACAGUAAUAUACAGGAAAGGGAAGCACAGUUUGGAACAACAGCAGAGAUCUAUGCCUAUCGAGAAGAACAGGAAUUUGGAAUUGAGAUAGUAAAAGUGAAAGCAGUUGGAAGACAAAGGUUCAAGGUCCUUGAGCUAAGAACACAGUCAGAUGGAAUCCAGCAAGCUAAAGUGCAAAUUCUUCCUGAAUGUGUGUUGCCUUCAACUAUGUCUGCAGUUCAGUUAGAAUCCCUCAAUAAGUGCCAGAUAUUUCCUUCAAAACCUGUCUCAUGGGAAGACCAGUAUUCAUGUAAAUGGUGGCAGAAAUACCAGAAGAGAAAGUUUCAUUGUGCAAAUCUGACUUCUUGGCCUCGCUGGCUAUAUUCCUUAUAUGACGCUGAAACCUUAAUGGAUAGAAUCAAGAAACAGCUACGUGAAUGGGAUGAAAAUCUAAAAGAUGAUUCUCUUCCUUCAAAUCCAAUAGAUUUUUCUUACAGAGUAGCUGCUUGUCUUCCUAUUGAUGAUGUAUUAAGAAUUCAGCUCCUUAAAAUUGGUAGUGCUAUCCAACGACUUCGCUGUGAAUUAGACAUUAUGAAUAAAUGUACUUCCCUUUGCUGUAAACAAUGUCAAGAAACAGAAAUAACAACCAAAAAUGAAAUAUUCAGUUUGUCCUUAUGUGGGCCAAUGGCAGCAUAUGUGAAUCCUCAUGGAUAUGUGCAUGAGACACUGACCGUGUAUAAGGCUUGCAACUUGAACCUGAUAGGCCGGCCUUCUACAGAGCACAGCUGGUUUCCUGGGUAUGCCUGGACUAUUGCCCAGUGUAGGAUCUGUGCAAGCCACAUUGGAUGGAAAUUUACAGCCACCAAAAAAGACAUGUCACCUCAAAAAUUUUGGGGUUUAACACGAUCUGCUCUGUUGCCCACGAUCCCAGACACUGAAGAUGAAAUAAGUCCAGACAAAGUAAUACUUUGCUUGUAAACAGAUACAGUAGGAAUAAGUUAUCUAACAAGUUGGUAUUCUAAA